AUUGGACUGGUCCGCCGCACUCCGAGAGGUGGAAUCCGGAUUUCUCUGCCCCACCCUUACCUUUCCUUCUUUCUGCUCUAUCUAAGACUGGAUCUAUCUAGUCCACCCCUGCUUUUCCCGGACGUUUGGAUUGUUCUGUCUUUUAAUAAGGUGACCUUCGAACUUUACUAUUAGUCCGAAUGACCUAUUUGCUGCUGGCUUUUCUUGAUAAUGCGAAAUUCAUUAACGCGAAAUAACGAGGUCCCUUUCUAAAAGUUAAUAAAAAUCUUGCAUUCAGAUUUUGCCUGCCCCCAGCCCGAGCGAGUCUUUUCGGUCACGUGGUCUGUGAGACCCUAAGGAUUGGGGGUUCUUAAAACCAGAUCCGCGGGAUGGAAUCCCCACCGCCAUUUCCGUUUAUCAAUGAGAAACGUCAUUUCCUUGGCCCUUUGACCCCGUCCCUCCCGCACACACCCUAUGAAUGGAAAGGGGUUGUUUUCCAUUCCUUACAGCAUGUGUUGUUCUGGACAGCUAAAAACAACUAAACCGACCCAAGUAGCAAGGAAGUCAGUUUCUUAAAUGAUCUCAAUUAAAAGAGAAAUUCCCAAAAUGCAAUGCGCCUGAGGAGGUGAUUUGGAAAGAAGGGGCGGGGCUUGGAGAGAUCAUAUGACUCGCGAGGCCCCUCCCCUUCUGCUGCUGCUGGCGUCUCGGAGGUCCGCAGUGACAGAGCUGAAGGGCUUCCUCUCACCCCGGCCGCCUGCUCAGUCCUUUACAGCUCGCUUCGCGGUGAACAAACAAGAUGGAUUUCUCCCAAUUACCCAAAAUCAGUGAUGAAGACCAUGAAUGUGCAUUUGGCUAUGUAUAUGGAGUCUCAGGACCUGUGGUCACUGCCAGUAACAUGGCCGGUGCAGCAAUGUAUGAACUGGUAAGAGUGAGCCAUAGUGAACUAGUUGGAGAGAUUAUUCGAUUGGAAGGUGAAAUGGCUACUAUCCAGGUGUAUGAAGAAACAUCUGGCGUAUCUGUUGGUGAUCCAGUACUCCGAACUGGUAAACCUCUCUCAGUGGAGCUUGGACCUGGCAUAAUGGGAUCCAUUUUUGAUGGAAUUCAGAGGCCCUUAAAAGACAUCAGCACACAAACUCAAAGCAUCUACAUUCCUAGAGGAGUCAAUAUAUCUGCUCUUAGUAAAGAUAUCAAAUGGGAUUUCACACCUUCUAAAAACUUUCGGGUUGGCAGUCAUAUCACUGGGGGUGAUAUUUAUGGAGUAGUACAUGAAAAUUCCCUCAUCGACCACAAAAUCAUGUUGCCACCACGCAGCCGAGGUACAGUGUCAUACAUUGCUCCACCUGGCAACUAUGAUACCUCGGAUGUUGUCUUGGAGCUUGAAUUUGAGGGAGUAAAAGAAAAGUUCACCAUGGUCCAAGUGUGGCCAGUCCGUCAAGUGCGUCCUGUCACUGAAAAGCUGCCAGCCAAUCACCCUCUAUUAACUGGCCAGAGAGUCCUUGAUGCACUUUUCCCAUGUGUACAAGGAGGAACUACUGCUAUCCCUGGCGCUUUUGGCUGUGGAAAAACUGUGAUAUCCCAGUCUUUAUCUAAGUAUUCCAACAGUGAUGUGAUCAUCUAUGUGGGUUGUGGAGAAAGAGGAAAUGAAAUGUCUGAAGUACUCAGAGACUUCCCAGAGUUAACAAUGGAAGUUGAUGGGAGGGUGGAGUCUAUAAUGAAGAGAACCGCUUUGGUGGCCAAUACUUCCAACAUGCCUGUGGCUGCUAGAGAAGCUUCUAUUUACACUGGAAUUACUCUGUCUGAAUAUUUCCGUGACAUGGGCUAUAAUGUCAGUAUGAUGGCUGACUCUACCUCUCGUUGGGCUGAAGCCCUUAGAGAAAUCUCAGGGCGCUUAGCUGAAAUGCCUGCUGAUAGUGGUUAUCCUGCAUAUCUUGGUGCUCGUUUGGCUUCUUUCUAUGAAAGAGCCGGCCGAGUAAAAUGUCUUGGAAAUCCAGAAAGGGAAGGGAGUGUCAGCAUUGUAGGAGCUGUUUCUCCGCCUGGUGGUGACUUCUCUGACCCUGUUACAUCUGCCACUCUUGGUAUUGUUCAGGUGUUCUGGGGCUUAGAUAAGAAAUUAGCUCAGCGUAAGCACUUCCCUUCAGUAAACUGGCUGAUCAGCUAUAGCAAGUAUACACGCGCCUUGGAUGAGUACUAUGACAAGCACUUUGCUGAAUUUGUUCCUCUGAGGACCAAGGCCAAGGAGAUCCUGCAGGAAGAAGAGGAUUUGGCAGAAAUUGUACAGCUCGUGGGGAAGGCUUCUUUAGCAGAAGGGGAUAAAAUUACUCUGGAGGUAGCAAAACUUCUCAAAGAUGAUUUCCUGCAGCAAAAUGGAUAUUCGUCUUAUGACAGGUUCUGCCCAUUCUACAAGACUGUAGGCAUACUCUCUAACAUGAUCGCUUUUUAUGAUUUGGCACGAAGAGCUAUUGAAACGACUGCCCAGAGUGAUAAUAAAAUCACUUGGGCUAUUAUCCGAGAAAAUAUGGGGGAAAUUCUCUACAGACUUACCUCCAUGAAAUUCAAGGACCCAGUGAAAGAGGGUGAGGCCAAAAUCAAGAGUGAAUAUGCUCAACUUUUUGAAGAUAUGCAGAAUGCAUUCCGAAGUCUGGAAGAUUAGAACUGUGAUUACCUUCCUCUCCUUCAGCCAGCUCAUGUCUUCUUUUCUCUUAAAUUCCACAUUUCUUUCCCUUUGCUUCCUCACUGUGUAUUGAGACCAGGACAUUUGUGUGGGUGUGGGUGUGUGUGUGUUGUGUGUGUGAUCACUUGUUUUCCUGUUCAUAUUUGGUAGGUCUUUACAUAAAGUGAACAUUCCGUGGUUUCAGUGUUUGAUGGGUCUCCCUGAUUCUUUGUCUGAAGUGUUGACUAUAUGGUGAAUGUGACCAUCUCUGGUACAAAGUGGGAAUGACUACACUAACAUUACUUGAAUAGAGAAUGACUUUCCCCCUUUCUCCUAGUUUUCCUUUUCCCCGGGUUACAGACAGGAGUAAUACGGGUACCUUUUUAAAGUAGUUGUUUUGGCAUGGAAGGCCUUGCCCUUGUAUCUUUGACAGGGACUCAGUAUGUGAAAUGACUCACCAUUCUCUGUGGUAAGGGUGUUUGCAGCUUAGCAUUUUGCUAGCUGCCUGCUAUGCAGGAAAUUAGUGGUUUCUUUUUUUAGGAAUGAGAUUGAUUAACAUUGUUCCAAUUAUGGUUGCUUCUACUAAUAAAAAUCAGGAAUAUUUGUAAAAAAGUGUGGAGAAUUUAUACUAUUUCUCCAGUUGUGCCUAAAGUAGGGUAAGUGCAUUGAAUGGCAGUCUUGGGACUCAGCAAAAUAUUUGAAUCAGUACUGAAAAGGGUGAGGGGAGCCAGAUUGCCAGCUUCAUGUUAGCAUCAUACCUUGAAACACACUGUGUUUCCAAAGGUAAAAAUGUUAUAUUGAGGAUUAUUGUGCUGAACUGCUGGUGGAUUUUUUUUUAAGUGCUUCAAAUGAUCGAUAGGGAUAACAUGCCACUCUUGUUCCCUUUCUUUCCUUGACAACCAUUUUAGAGACCUAGGUAGGCUCUUCCAAGUUAUGUAGAGUGUGUACAAGUAAUGAGAUGCAGGGAGAAUGGUGGCUUACUAACUACUUGGGGACCAUUAAGGAAAAGUUUGAUUAUAAAAAUGUGCUCCAGCCCCAAGAAUCAUGUUCUUUGAAAUGAUUGCCUGUCUGCCACAUUGUAUGCUUCUUUUGGGCGGGGAGGGGGCAGCUGGGUGGCUCAGUGGAUUGAGAGCCAGGCCUAGAGAUGGGAGGUCCUGGGUUCAAAAGUUAAAAAUCAAAAAAAAAAAAAAAACUUAAACUUCCUGUUCACUAGUUUGUGGGGGGGAAAAAAAAACAACUUAUUCCAAGAGCAUUUCCCUUCUUGUGAUUGGAGAUUGCUGGCUCUGGUUUUUCCCAUUACUGGCACAAGAGAUUUCCCCAGAUUGUCUGUUUGUAGCCAUAGCAACAUGAUCAAAGGUUCCCUUUCAUUUUGUAGGGCUGAUUGGGAUAGUAGAUUCUUGUGUUUGAUGCUAAUCCCUGAAGGUGUUGGUGACGGUGGCCUUUACAUCCUACUCCACUGAGAAACUAGGAGUCAUCUGAAAAAGAUCAUUUCAUCCUGUCUCUUAGUGUACAUUUUAAAAUGUGCUCAUACAUAAGGAAAAAAGACUCCAGAGCAACUCUCCCAUCACUUGCCAGAAGUUCUGGCACCAAUGUUUCAAAAUUAAUUGAUGUUAGAGGGAAAGGGGGAGGAGUUCUGGAAGUGAGAACCUAUCUCAGAAAGAUGUAAUAGCCCAGAUAAAGAAACCUUUUUUAUACCAUGAUAGAUUGUUUGAUUUUCAGACGGUAUUCUUUUGUCGGCCUACAAAGGAGGAGUAGUGCAGUCAGUUGAAGUUAUACUUGCAGUUUUGUUUAUCCAUUACAAUACAUGUUCUCGUGGUGGCCUGCCACUCAAGAAGGUGUUCUUCCCAUGAAUCUUUUUUGAAACCGUUUCAGCAAACUACCAGAUAAGAGAAAUGAUUCAUUGGAUUGUUGUUGAGCUGGAGACCUCAUGGUGUCACUUAAUCAGUUUGCUUCCAAUGCGACCUUCUACCCAUUGGCCCCAAGACCAACAAAUUCAAAGGGAUUUUCCACAUAUCAAAAAUUCUUCUGUAUUCUACCACAAACCAACAGGCAAACUGAGAUUGUGCCAGUAAUAAAUGGUCUGAUGAAGAGUAACCAAGAUUUUAUUGUUAUCUGAAUUUCCAGUGUGUGCAUCUCCUUUUCAGAAUGUUGAUGUGUGAGUGUGAGAAGUUUGUAGAGAAACCAUGCUCCUUCACUGUUGGUGCCCCUUCACUAUUGUACCAUGUGUUGUAGAAUUUCAGAUUAGGGGACUAUCUUCUUUCUUUUCAUAGGGGUGUGGUACACUUAAAACAAUCUUAAAAAAAAAAAAGUAAUGCAGUUCUAUAUUUAUUGUGCUAUACCUGGCCCAAAUGGAGCCAGUUCAACCAGUUUAAUUUGUGUUUUUUCCAGUGUUAAACUCACAUUGUGCCCGUUAAAAAAUUUCCUCCCCAUCUCAGGAAUGAGUUAGAGGCAAAAAUAUCGCUUUUUUCUCCUUGAGAUUUCAUUACCUUUAUGUUACAACUUGUGUAAAAUUGUUCAUCUAUGAGAGAAUAAAAAGUGGAUUUAAAGUAA